CUCGCAGCCCACUUCCGGAACGCGUGGGCCCCACUGCGCCUGCGCUUCCCCUUGUGCUUGGCUGCGUCUCGCGUUCUUCCCGGAGCUGCCCGGGCGGCGGGUCUGAAGUCGGCUCCGCGCUGACCACUGACCCCCGUCCCGGGCCCGGCAUGAACCGCUACCUGCUGCCGCUGUCGGCGCUGGGCACCGUCGUAGGCGGCGCCGUGCUGCUCAAUUUUAGAGGCAGAAUCUGGCUCUGUCACCCAGGCUGGAGUGCAGUGGCGCGGUCUCGGCAGCUUUGCCCACCUGGAUUCAGGGACAAUGUUGCCGGUGGGGUUUGCCCCAGCAAGGCCACCAUCCCUGGGAAGACGGUCAUCGUGACGGGCGCCAACACGGGCAUAGGGAAGCAGACCGCCUUUGAACUGGCGAAAAGAGGAGGCAACGUCAUCCUGGCCUGCCGAGACAUGGAGAAGUGUGAGGCGGCGGCCAGAGCCAUCCGCCGGGAGACCCUCAAUCACCAUGUGAAUGCCCGGCACCUGGACCUGGCCUCCCUCAAGUCCAUCAGGGAGUUUGCAGCGAAGAUCAGUGAAGAGGAGGAGCGAGUGGACAUUCUAGUCAACAACGCGGCCGUGAUGCGGUGCCCCCACUGGACCACGGAGGACGGCUUUGAGAUGCAGUUUGGCGUUAACCACCUGGGCCACUUUCUCUUGACAAACUUGCUGCUGGACAAGCUGAAAGCCUCAGCCCCUUCCCGGAUCAUCAACCUCUCGUCCUUGGCCCACAUUGCUGGGCACAUAGACUUUGAUGACCUGAACUGGCAGACGAGGAAGUAUGACCCCAAAGCCGCCUACAGCCAGAGCAAGCUGGCCGUCGUCCUCUUCACCAAGGAGCUGAGCCGGCGGCUGCAAGGCUCUGGCGUGACUGUCAAUGCCCUGCACCCCGGUGUGGCCAGGACAGAGCUGGGCAGACACACAGGCAUCCAUGGCUCCACCUUCUCCAGCACCACGCUCGGACCCAUCUUCUGGCUGCUGGUCAAGAGCCCCGAGCUGGCUGCCCAGCCCAGUACAUACCUGGCCGUGGCGGAGGAACUGGCGGAUGUUUCCGGAAAGUACUUUGAUGGACUCAAACAGAAGGCCCCAGCCCCCGAGGCUGAGGAUGAGGAGGUGGCCCGGCGGCUUUGGGCUGAAAGUGCGCGCCUGGUGGGCUUGGAGGCGUCCCAUGUGUCCUCUGUGAGGGAGCAGCCCCUUCCCAGAUAACCUCGGAAGGAGAUUUGAAAGCGAGGAUGAAGACAGGCUCCAGGAUGGAGCCACGAGACCGAGCACCGCUGUCCGCCACACCCACAGCAUCCUCUAGGGGGCGGUGUUGGCACCACCUGAGCCGGGAGACCCAGGAUUGCCGGCUGCCACAACCGAAGCAUCCUCUAGGGGGCACUGCUGGUCGCGGUGGACUGGCCUGCAGGUGGGCACUGCCCUGGGCUCUGGCUGGUCCCGUGUGCUCUGCUGCCAGCAGGGGAGCAGGGCCAUCUGAUACUUCCUCUGGGAAUCUAAACUGGGUACGGCUGAGGAGGAACAGUCUCUGUGCGCUUGUGGGCGAUGUCAGGAGAGCCAGCGGUGCCCAUGGGGGUGGGCUCCAAGGUGCUCUGUGAAGAGCAUGGGCAGGGUGUCUGACACUCGGUGGAUUCCUGGGUCCCUGUGGGACGUUGUACACGCAUGGUCCUCUCUUGAGCCUUGGUUUCUCCAGCGGUGAGGUGCUCAGAACAGCUGCUCCCUCCUGUGAUGGCGUGGUGUGGCACGCUGUUGUCUGGCCGUUGGCUGUGCACAGCCCUUGCCAGGGGUGCUUGCUGAGGGCUUCCUGUGCCAGAUCCCGGCCAGAGAGCACGUGUCAUCCGAGGUCAAGCUCUGCCUGGAGUGGACUGGGAACUCCACCAGCUGCUGCAAGGACCUGGGAGUGCCUGGGGCUCCCGCCUUCCUGUCAGUUCUCAUCCAAACUGCAGACUCUGAAACUUGCUCAUUUAAAAAAAAAUGCAGCAGAGUCGUAGGUUUUAUUUUUUCCUCUGUGUACGCGGGAACGUCCAUGCGCUGAACAAAGACAACUCAUGGAUUUAUUCCUUUUAGGGACACAAGACAUCAGGUUAUCACCAGGGCACCAGGCCAUGCAGAAGUUCAGACUUUUUAGAGAUGAAAACUCCUCUUACCCCUUUCACAGGCGAUAGUCACUUAAGUCUGGGGCUCUUACAAGACUGAUGUGUUAGAAACUGGGUGGAGGUCGGGUGAGCUGAAGGGGCGCUGGGCUUAGGUGCAGAACUGAAGAAGGCACUAAAAAGCUCAGUCAUUGGGAUACAAAGAGUUUUCCAGUAUUUUUCUUUGGGAUAUUGGGGAGGCCAAGGAAGCUGCUCAGUAGCCUACAAUACACAGAACUACCGCUCAGCCCACAGCAGAGUGGUGCGGGCCGUGAUGCCACCAGCCCCGGGGAGGGAGGACUGGAGGGGAAAUGAAAGACUUACUGAAGCUGUAGAAAAAUAGAAGUAGGGCUGGGCAUGGUGGCUCACACCUGUAAUCCCAGUGCCGUGGAAGGCUGAGGCAGGCGGAUCACCUCAGGUCUAGAGUUCGAGACCAGCCUGAUCAAGAGGGGGAAAUGCUGUCUCUAGUGAAAAUACAAAAAUUAGCCGGAUGUGGUGGUGCACGCCUGUAAUCCCAGCUGAGGCAGGAGAAUCACUUGAAGUCGGGGGCAGAGGUUGCAGUGAGCAGCAGUCGUGCCACUGCACUUCAACCCAGACUCCAUGGCAAAACCAACAAAACCACCUGAGCUCUGUGAUGCUAUAACUCCCUGCCAGCCCUCUGUCUUGCCUGCUGGAUGGCUGGCUGUGAUAGAGCUAGCUGCCAUGGUGGGCGGCCCUGUGGAGUAGCCAGGGAGGAACUGAGACUCGUCUAACAACUGGGAGAAACAGAAUCCCACCAACAACUAUGCGUGUGAGCUUGCUGUAUGCUCUUGCUAGGGAGCAAGUUAUAGGCUCAGCCGAAGAGGAGGGGACCUUCCAGGGAGUGAAUACCAGGAGCGGGGAGUCAGGAGACUACCCUAGGCCCCCAGCAGGAGAGUGUGUGUGUGUGUGUGUAGUACGGAUUUCUUACUGGGAGAUCAUGGAAAAGCAAGUUAGAGAAACACUCCCAUCAGACGGGGGCCCUGAGGAUAAUCUCAAAACCUCUGGUUCUCUAAAUAAUGUGCGUAGGGCUCACCCAAGCACUCUCUUUCCUUUUUUAAAUUGUGAUAAAAAGUAUAGAGCACUGGCCAGGCGUGGUGCAUGCCUGUAAUGCCAGCUACUAGGUGAGCUGAGGCAAAAUUGCUUGAACCCAGAGGGCAGAGGUUGCAAUGAACCAAGAUCGCACCACUGCACUCCAGCCUGAAUGACUGAGCGAGACUCCAUCUCAAAAAUAAAAAACAAACAUGCAGA